AUGGACGCAGAGAUGGCAACGUGGAAGUCCACAGGCACCUAUGUCGAUGAGGUUCCCCCACUUGGGGCGAACAUCGUCAGUGGCGUGUGGAUUUUCAGGGUGAAGCGGCCGCCGGGUUCUCCGCUUGUCUUCAAGGCACGUUACGGCAGCCUGCACGAGGAGACCUGGCUGCGCCGCCCACCUGGCUUCACUGGGUCAUUUCCUCCUGGUACACAGUGGAGCCUCCGGCGGCCAGUCUACGGUCUCCGCCAGGCACCCCGUGAGUGGCAUGACACACUGAGGACUACACUGGCGGCUCUUUGGUUUGCUCCUUCUACUGCCGACCCGUCGCUGUUUCUGCGCACCGACACCUCUUUGCCGCCGUUCUACAUCCUCGUGUACGUCGACGACUUGGUCUUUGCCACUACUUACACUGCUGGACUCGCCCACGUAAAGUCCGAGCUGCAGAAGAGACACACGUGCAUAGACCUGGGUGAACUGCGCAGCUACCUUGGCUUGCAGAUCACCCGGGAAAGAGCACAGCGCACCAUUACCCUGACUGAGUCACACAUGGUGCAUCAGGUCCUUCUGCGCUUCGACUUCACGUACUCCUCGCCUCAGGCCACUCCUCUGUCUACUCGCCACUCGCUCUCAGCUCUGCCUUCGGAUGAGUCCAUAGAGCCGAGUGGCCCGUACCCAGAGCUUGUUGGCUGCCUCAUGUACCUGAUGACCUGCACACGACCUGACCUUGCAUACCCUCUUAGCAUCUUGGCACGCUAUGUUGCUCCUGGGAGACACCGACCAGAGCACAUGGCUGCAGCGAAGAGGGUGUUGCGCUACUUGUGCAGUUCGUCGGGCAUGGGAAUAGUGCUUGGAGGGCAACGUUCAGUGGCUGAGAUCUACGCGGGGUCCAUGGCUGCACAGGAGCUACGCUGGCUCACCUACCUGCUGACUGACCUAGGAGAGACGCCUUGUUCUCCUCCAGUUCUGUACGUAGACAGCAAGGCCAUGCUGGCCUUGUGUCGGGAGCACAGACUAGAGCAUAGAACGAAGCACAUUGCUCUUCGCUACUUCCUUGCUCGUGAGCUGCAGCAGCGUGGUCUGCUGCGCCUUGCUUACGUGGCCUCUGAGGCCAACACUGCUGAUAUCUUUACCAAGGCACUUCCGCCAUGUGAUCAUCAGUGCUUCUGUACGAUGCUAGGUCUUGUGCCUACUUGGCCUCACUUGCUCACUUCUUGA